AUGUUUGCAUGGAUUGCAAAUAUCCAUGAGGCCUUUGACUUCGUGAGCGGCACCAAUGACGUCAUCGUCAUCAAGCACCCCACCGGAGAGUUGCGAUCCUCGCAGUUUUCAGUGCAGACCAAUGCUGGUAUCAUCAAGAGACACCAUCUCGGCCAGUCCGUGCAUGUCUAUCUCAACGGUCUCCCCACCAACCUGCACAUGAAGAUCGACAACGAGGGCAGGUGUGUCUUUCCUGGAGGAGGAACGAAACCUACCGAGGAGGAGAUAAAUCUUCUUCCUGUGAGAGAAGGUCGCAAUUCGCUGGAUUUUCGUGUCAGCGGGAGUACCGACAAGAUUGUCAUUGUUGACAUCGAUGGGACUAUCACGAGGACUGACGUGGGAGGGAUGAUUGUGGUGUUGGUGUUGGUGACGAUGAAGAUGAAGAGUGAGGAAAAGAAGGGUGUAUGUGAAGUCCUUUCGGGAAUUGCGUCCAGCGGGUAUCGGCUGUUGUUUCUCACUGCACGGCCCAUCACUAGGGCAGAUGCAACCAGAAAGUAUCUCAGUCAAAUUGGCUCGGAGGAUCAGCUCAGCAUGCCACAAGGAGCUCUUGUUACCUCCGCUCUUGGCACUUUCAACACGAUGACAGCUGUUUGGAAGGACAUCAAGGCAUACAAAGUACAGCAGCUAGUGGAGAUCCAGAAUCUCUUCGGAGACGCGCUUGAGGAGGGUGAAACCUGCUUUGUCGGUGGAUUUGGAAAUCAUGACUACGAUGCUGCUUCCUACGUGGACGUGGGUUGCCAGAAGGAGCGAGUGUUUAUCAUCGAUGAAGACUCGGUCAUUCGUGUAGAAGGAAGCACAGUCACGUACAACGGAUAUCCAGCAAUGCUUCCGGUCUUGCAAGAGCUGUUCCCCCCCACCAUUCUUCUUCAGAAGCAGAAGCAUCAAGGGGUGGCAGUCCCCAUCUCUCCCAUUGGCGGUGGGGCCUCCAAUCCCUUCUCCGUGAACAAGAUUCCUGGAGCAGCGCUUCUCGGGGAGGGCAUCGGGAAAGUCUGGGGAAACGUGACGAGCACCACGAAUGACAUGACGACGGGGAUGGGCAACAGCCUGCAGACCAUUCCUGCUGUCCAGUCCUUCUCCAAGGUCCCAGUCCCUGAGCUCCCCAAGAUGCCGAGUAUGGUGAUUCCUGACCUCCUCUCACGUGGGAAGCCGCCGGAUUACGACGAUCCCCUGACACACGGGCUGGUGGAUCGAGGAGAGUGA